CUGAAGGACACAAUGUAUAUGAAGCUGGCCCAUGUUCUCUUCAUUACUGCACCUCAGGUGUGGAGCUAAGUGAUUCAAUCAAGAUUUUAAAACUUUGGGUUACAAAAUCACAUAGGCUCUGAAGGAUUCAGGACAAAGACUGAUGAUUUAAGGGUAAGGCUUUCAGCACCAGAAUAUAUUAAAAGUUCCUCAAAUUGAUGAACACAGAAAAUCAGAGAGGAGAGAAAGAAACAAAGGGACUUUGUGCUCUGCCUCCCAUCCUUCGCCAGAAGCCUGAGGAGAUUUAUAGAGAUUCUUAAUAGGUUUCUGGCAUUUGAGAGCAGAAGAAACCUCAAUCUCCAUUACUGAGUAAAACCAAAGAAGGUAGCAAGACCACAGAAUUCCUCGCAUCCAGAAAGGCAGAGGAAAAUAGUCAAAAUGGUAUUGUGAGCUAUGCUUUGAAUUUCCACAUCUUCUCCAAGAACUCCAAUCACAAAAACUUUUUUUUUUUUUAAUUAAGAGCCGUGUCUGGGUUCAUUAACAAGAUAAUCAUGUCUAGGUAACAGAAAUGAAAAAGCAACACCACUAGGCUAGUAAAGGUAGAGCUGUGGCCCUGAUGGUCUUCUGGGUCUGGAAGCAGGUAGAAGUUGGCUAGGAGUUUGAAUUCCUCAGAGCAUUGGGUAUCAACAGCACCCCAUACAGGGUGUGGCACAUUAGCCAGGCUCACUGUGAAACUGGGAUUUGGGAAAAGCUUCCAAAUGAUUUCCACCCUGACCUAGAGUUUAAAAAACAAAAUAAAUAAACAAACAAAGCCCCUACCUAUCUGUGGUAGUGGAAGGAAGAAUAGAAAUCAGUGCACACAGGACUUAUGCCAGUCUGCUUUCCUGCCUAGAGGACAGAUCUGUUAUCUUCCCCAAUAUCCCUGAGGGUCAGGAGUCCUGUGACACCUAGUUCUGGACUAGGGGGUCUCCGGAUCUACAUGGAGGCUACACUAAAACAGCAAAUGGAGUGGAAUAGGUAGAAAGAUAAAGCUACCAUUUAAGAUGAGCUGCAAAUUACAAUUCACACACAAGGCAAGUUAAUGCUAAAAACAUUAACCAACCUCUCAACUUAGUCUUGUUUAAUUGAUCUGUGAGUUUCUAAUAAAUUUAUAUUAAAACUUCCCAAUAUUAUUGUUGAUCUACUUUUUUUUUUCUUAUAAUUCGUUACUUUUUGUUUAAUUGCAUGGUUAUACGGUUAGCUGGAUAGAACUUCUUGGUGAUUUUUAAAUUUUUAUCAUUUUUAAUAUAAUUUUAAUCAUUAUGUAAUGUAUUUUUAUCCUUAUCAAUACUUGCUUUAAACAGUUAUUUUAUCUGAUAUUCGUAUUCUACUAUAACUUUUUUUUUUGGUUAGCAUUUGCUUGCUAUAACUUUUUACUUUAUUUUCAACCUUUCUAUGCUAUUUUAUUAUUGGUGCAUCUUUUGUAAACAUCAGGUAGCUGGGUUUUCUUUUUUUAUUCCUGACAGUCUCUGUUGUUUAACUGGAAAGUUCAAUUCAUAUGAGUAUGAUCUAUUUAAAAGUACCUCUACCAUCUCUACCAUUUACUUUUGAUUUUCUGUUUACAAUGCUUUCUCCUUGUUUUAUUCGUUUGCUUACCUUAACUGCUUUUGUUGAAUUGAUAACUUUUCAAAUUCUCUUACUUUUACCUCUGCUAAUUUGGAAACUAUAGAUUAUAUUUUGCCUAUGCUAUAAGCAGCUACUCUUAAAUUUUUAAAUGUAUACUUAACUAUUUAUUUUCCUAACAAUUUAUAGUGUUUAAAAUACAACUAUCCCAACAAGGCUGUGUUUUAGCUACCAAAUGUAUUGAGCAGUUAUUGCUCUCUAGAAUUUUAGUUCCAUAUUUAUUAGAACAUAACAUAAAAGUUACUAUACAAUCAAUGUAUAAUUAGAUUUAUCAAUCUAAUUUAUCAAUUUUUGUGUUUAGCACUUGUUUCUUUAAUACCACAUUUUCAUUGUGAACUUACUUUUCUUUUUGCUGCAAUACAUCAUUUAGUAAUUCAUUCAAUAAAAAUUUAUGGUUGGUAAACUCAGUUUUGAAAGAAAAGUUUUCUAUUUCACCAUUAUUCUUGAAUUAUAGCUUAGCCAGGUAUAGAAAUCUAUGUUGCCAGUUGUUUUCCCCUCAGUGCUUUGGAAUUAUUACCAUGUUGACCUCUGGUAUCCUUUGUUGGUGAUGAGAAUUCUGUUGUCUUAAUUAUCAUUCUUUUAUGGGUAAUCUAUGUUUUCUCUUUGGUGGCGUUUGAAAUUUUCUCUUUAUUCUCAAUGUUAGGCAUCUUCACUACAGUGCAUCUGGAUAUGAAUUUCUUUUCUUUUUUUAUUUUUAUUUUUGUACUUAAUAACUGCUUUUAUUUCAAAAACUUUAGAAAAUUCUUAGUAUCAUCUCUCCAAAUAUGACUUCCACCAUACCGUUUAUUCUCUUCCUAAAACUACUAAUUAGGUGCAUCCUUCGUGUAUUCUAUGUAUUGCUAUGUAACAAACCACUCCAAAACACAGUGGCAUGAAACAAUAACCAUUUUACUAAUCUCCAAGGUUCUGUAUGAUAGGAAUUUGGAUAGGUACUUCAAGGAUAGCUUGACUCUGCUUCAUGAUGUCCAGGGUGUCAAAUGAGAAGACUUGAACAGCUGGUGGUCACUUGAAUGGCUGUUUUUUUUUUUUUUUCAUUCACAUGUCUAGGCUACAGUGACAAAGGCAGGACUCUACUGGACCUAUAGACUGGAGUACCCACACAUGACUUCUCCAUGUGCUUUGGGUUUCCUCACACUGUAGUGGCCUCAUGGUAAUCAUACUAUUUACAUGGCAGCUCAGGGCUCCAAUAGUGACUAUUCCAGAAAACAAGGCAAAAGCUACAUAGAGUUUUACUAUCUGGGCUCAAAAAUCACAUAGUAUCACUUCCACCUUACUUAGUCAAACCUGCCCAGAUUGGGGAGUGCAGGGGCUAGACCCAUCUCUUAAUAGAAGGAGUAUCAAAGAAUCUGUGGCUGUAAUUUUAAACUGCCAUAAUAUAGUUUUAAAAUACAUGCUAUAACAGGGAACUAUAUUCAAUAUCCUGUGAUAAACCAUAAUGGAAAAGGAUAUAAAAAAAUAAUGUCUGUCUGUGUAUAACUGAGUCACUUUGCUCUACAGCAGAGAUUGGCACAGCAUUGUAAAUCAACUAUACUGCAGUUUUUAAAAAAUAAUAAUAAAAUAUAUGCUAUAUUCUACAUGAAUUCCUUAGAUUAAUCUUCUAAUUCAAUAAUUCUUGAUAAAUUGGGAGAGGGUAAUCCCUUCACAAUGUGUGUGUAUAUCAAAUCAUCACAAUGUACACUUUAAAUGUCUUAUGAUUUUGUCAGUUAAACCUCUAACAAAGCUGAAAUAAUUUAUUCUCUGACUGUAAUGAGUUUAGAGUUUAUCUCAUUGAAUAUUUUUAUCACAAUGUCUGUUUUUCUAUUUAGUUAUUUUUGAUUUUCAUCUUUCCUUAAUUCAUAUCUUCUUGUUUCUUAAGCUUUUAUAUUUUUUUUUAGGUAUUUUAUUUUUUAACUCUUUGAAUGCAUUUAUUGUAAAGUCAUUUUAAGAUUACUUGCCAAUAUGGACUUCUAUUCCAGUGGGAAUGGAUCAUCUUCAGGGAACAGAGAUUUCUAUAAUAUUUUUUAAAUUGAAAUGUAGUUGAUUUACAAUGUCAUAUUAGUUUCAGGUGUACAGCAAAGUGAUUCAGUUUUAUAUAUAUAAAUAUGUAUUCUUUCUCAGAUUCUUUUCCAUUAUAGGUUGUUACAAGAUACUGAAUAUAGUUUCCUGUGCUAUACAGUAGGACCUUGUUGUUUAUCUAUUUUAUACAUAGUAAUGUAUAUCUGUUAAUCCCAAGCUCCUAAUUUAUUCCUCCUCCCCUUUCCCCUUUGGGAACCAUAAGUUUGUUUUCUAUGUCUGUGAGUCUAUUUCUGUUUUGUAAAUAAGUUAAUUUGUAUCAUUUUUUUAGAUUUCACAUAUAAGUGAUAGCAUAUGAUAUUUGUCUUUCUCUGUCUGACUUACUUUACUUAGCAUGAUAAUCUCUAGGUCCAUCCAUGUUGUUACAAAUGGCUACACUUUAUUCUUUUUUAUGGCUGAGUAAUAUUCCAUUGUAUAUAUGUACCACAUCUUCUUUAUCUAUUCAUCUGUCCAUGGACAUUUAGGUUGCUUCCAUGUCUUGGCUAUUGUAAAUAAUGCUGCUAUGAACAUUGGGGUGCAUGUAUCUUUUCUAAUUAGAGGUUUUGUUUUUGCUGGAUAUAUGUCCAGAAGAGGAUCAUUUAGUAACUAUGUUUUUAGUUUUUUAAGGAACCUCCAUACUGUUCUCCAUAGUGGCUGCACCAAUUUACAUUCCCACCAACAGUGUAGGAGGGUUCCCUUUUCUCCAUACCCUCUCCAGCAUUUAUUAUUUGUAGACUUUUUGAUGAUGGCCAUUCUGACCAGUGUUAGGUGAUACCUCAUUGUAGUUUUGAUUUGUAUUUCUCUAAUCAUUAGUGAUAUUGAACAUCUUUUUAUGUGCCCAUUGGCCAUCUGUAUAUCUUCUUUGGAGAAUAUAUUAUAUACCCACAUAUAUAAAAACCCUCCACUUAACAGAUAGAGAAUUCACAUUCUUCUCAAACACACAUCAAACAUUUAUAAAAUUUGACCAGAUAUUUUAAUGAAUCACUAUAGUACAGACCACAUUCUGUGAUCAGAAUUUAGUUAAAUUAGAAAUUCUCAUAUGUUUGAAUACUUAAAAGCACAUUCCUAAAUAAUUCAUGAUUUAAAUAAAAAAUUACACACCAUUUAGAAAAGAAAAACAAAGAAAAUACAUGAUAGAACUCGGAUAAUGCAGAUAAAGCAGUCAUUUGAAAGAAAGUUAUGACAUUAAAUGCAUUUAUUCAAAAUUAUUUCAAGUGAAUGAACUAAGCAUUCACUUCAAGGACCUGGGAAAUGAAUACAGUCAACCUCCCCAAAAUACCAUUGAUCAAUGAAUCCAAAAACUGGUUCUCUGAGAAAACCAAUAAAACAAAUUUCUAGCAAGCCACAAUGAGAAGAAGAUAACACAAAUGAUAUUGGAAAUUCACCCCUGCACCUGGCGAUUUGGGACCCAUGGAGUGGGGACCAGACAGUAUAACUCCAUUGGGCUGCAUUUGCUUGCACAUCCUCCCCAAGCCGUUCAGCCCCACGAGUGUCCAGCCUUAGGACCCAUCCAGCUGUGGGGCUAGAUGAUGUGACUCCAGGUUAUGUCACCACCCCAGAACAAAUUUUGUAAGAAUUUCUCUCUCGAGUUCACCCAACUCCUUUCCUGCCUUCGCUGCCGCCAUGGCGCCUGUGAAAAAGCUUGUGGUGAAGGGGGGCAUAAAAAAGAAGCAGGUCCUGAAGUUUACUCUUGACUGCACCCAUCCUGUAGAAGAUGGAAUCAUGGAUGCUGCCAAUUUUGAACAGUUUCUUCAGGAAAGAAUCAAAGUGAAUGGAAAAGCUGGGAAUCUCGGAGGAGGUGUUGUAACAAUUGAAAGAAGCAAAAGCAAGAUCACUGUAACUUCUGAGGUGCCUUUUUCCAAAAGGUAUUUGAAAUAUCUCACCAAAAAAUAUUUGAAGAAGGAUAAUCUCCGUGAUUGGUUAUGCGUAGUUGCUAACAGCAAAGAAAGUUACGAAUUACAUUACUUCCAGAUUAAUCAAGAUGAAGAAGAGGAGAAAGAUGAGGAUUGAAACUCAGUUAUCUGGAGUAUUUUGU